UGUGCUAAGUGAUGCUGGGGACCCAGGUGAGUCACAUGCAGUCCCUGUCCAAGAGGAGCUUCUCUGUUGAAGGAGGGGACACACAUGGACAGAGGCAGCUGUAAGGUGGGGUGCUGUGUGCUAUAAGCUGAGGGAACCCACUUCCCUUGGGAACCCACAUGGGGCAUCUGACCUGGCCUGUGGGGUCAAAGGGACCUCCCAGGGAGAUGGUGUUUAAGUUGAUUCUCAAAAGACAAAUAUAAGGGGUGGGAUAGCUCAGUGGUAGAGUGCAUGCUUAGCAUGCACGAGGUCCUGAGUUCAAUCCCCAGUACGUCCAUUUAAAAAAAAGAAAGAAAGAAAGAAAGAAAAAGAAAAAUAUCAGUGAGGUUGGUGGGGGGGGAGGGGGUAGAAGAAGGACUUUCAUCUGCAAAGAUUUUGCUGGAUACUCCAGGUGCCAGGUCCCUGCUGAGCUUCAGACACGAGGGAAUGAGGCUGGAGGCUCUGGUCCUGGCUGGGGGGGACAGGCAAGCAACAGACAGUCAAAACCUCUUUUAGGCAUGAGGAGCUGGGGCCUGGAGUCAGACUUUAUGACUUUAUACCCUCAUUCUCACACUUACCAGCUAUGAGAUCUUGAGUGAGUUACUUCCUGCCUCCGAGCUUCCGUUUCCUCAUCUGGACGAUGGAAUAGUAAGAGCUUGGUGUAGUGGUUAAGAGCCUGGGAUCUGCAUCCCAAGGCCCUGGGUUCAGAUCCCAGUCUGGCCAAUCCCGGAUGCUGGGAGGACCUUCAGCAAGUUCCCACUCUCGGAGCCUGGGUUUCCUCCUCCAUCAGGUGGAGUUAGUGGUAACACCUGCGUUCUGGUUGUUGUGGCGUAACAGACCUCUCCAAAGCUUGGUGGUGGAAACCAACAAUCAUUUAUUUUGCUCGUAAAUCUGAAAUGUGGGCGAGGCUUGGCAGGGACAGCUUGCCAAUCUUCCAUGCAGCCUUGGUGGGGAUGGCUCAAAUGGGGUGUCCAAGGUGGCUCAGUCCUGUGCCUGGCAAGCUGGCUGGGGCUGUGGGCUUGAGCUGGCUGUUGGCCAGGGGCCAUGGUUCCUCUCCUUGGGGCCGCUUGAGCUUCCUCACAGCUGGGGCCCAGUAUAGGCAGUGGCGUAGGCGCCAGUCUCUCAAGUUCUAGAUGCAAAAAUUAGCGCAGGGCCACUUCUGCUCUGCUCUCUUGGUCUGACAGUCAGAGAGACUACCCGGACCCAAGGGAGGGGACAUAGACCCUAUUCCUUUUUCUUUUUUAAAAAAUUUUAAUAGCUUUUAUUUAUUUAUUUUAAAAAGUGAAUUGAAGUGUAGUCAGUUUACGAUGUGUCAGUUUCUGGUGCACAGCAUAUACGUAUACAUACAUGCAUUCGUUUUCACAUUCUAUUUCAUUAUAGGCUACACAAGAUACUGAAUACAGUUCCCUGUGCUCUACAGUAGACACUUGUUGGUUAUCUAUUUUAUAUAUGGUAGUAUCUGCAAAUGUCAAACUCCCAGUUUAUCCCUUUUCACCCCUUUCCCCUCUGGUAAUCGUAAGUUUGUUUUCUAUGUCUGUGAGUCUGUUUCUGUUUUAUAAAUAAGUUCAUUUGUGUGGGGUUUUGUUGUUGUUGUUGUUUGUUUUAGAUUCCACAUAUAAGUAAUAUCAUAUGAUAUUUUUCUCUUUCUGGCUUCACUUAGAAUGAUGAUCUCCAGUUCCAUCCAUGUUGCUGCAAAUUUGACCCCAUUUCUUAAUAGCAGGAGGGUUGAAUUUGCAGCUAUUCCUUAAUCUACAAAACGUACCUCCAUGGGAUUCUGAAGGUUUAAUUAAUGUAGCACCUGCAGACCCAUACCCAACAUGCAGAAGAUUCUCACUGUAUAUUAUGGCCAUUAUUAUUAUUAUUAGCAUGGGGUGGCAGAAGUUUUCAGAAAGAGUGAGCAGCCUGACCAUCCUGGGCUAAACGCCUCCCUCCAGCUGUGCCACCUCCGCAGGUCCCUUGACGUCUCUGAGCCGUAGUAUCCCGGUUUGUAAACACCUGGCCCAUAGAGUGUUUAGAAGGGUUCAGCCCAAUAAUGUCCAGAAAGCAUUUCACAUGGUUCCUGGCGCAUGAGAAGUGGUAAUUAUUAUUUUGGUUCUUAAUAAGGUGAGACUUGAAGGACUAGUUGUGGUUUAGCCAGGUCAGAGGAGGGGGUGGGGGAGCGAGCACAAGCAUUCCAGGCAGAGGAAGCUGCCCUUGCAAAGGCAGGGAGAGGAGAGAUGGGCAGAGGAAUGGCCGGGUAUUCAAAGAAUAAUUGCUGGAGGGGGAAAGUGGGUGGGUAUCAGCCCGGCAGUUCUGAUGAGGAACCUGGUUGUCUCCUGGGGGCACUGGGGAGCUAUGGAGGGGCAGGGUCAGCUCUGGAAAGACUCAAAGGCCAAGUGGGAAUCCAUGGACUAAGGAAGACUAGAAGCUGGAGGGAGGAGGCCAGGCAAAGGGACAGAGGGAGAAGUGAGGGCCUGUGCUGAGGCUCAGCCAGUAGGAACAGAGAGGAAGGGAUGGAGCAGAGAGAUUCAGGGGUGGGAGUGGGUGGGUUUCAGAGACUGACAGCAGUGAAGGGAAGGGAGGCGGUGGGGUGGGGGGAGGCUCACAACAUGUCUCUAGAUUGCAGGAGAUGGAGAAUGCAGAAGGGUUGUGUUGGAGAGUGUAGUGGGACACAGGGCAUGUGAGUGCCUGGGGGACAUGGAGAUGCACCUCUGGGUCUCAGAAGAGAUGACUGGGUGAGAGAUAGCUACUUGAGACUUGGUCCUGAGGGCAAGAGGGAACCAUGGGAGAGUUAGGAGCAGGGUCAGACAUGGGGAUUUGAGGCUGCAGGCAGGACAGAUUGGACUUGAGGCCAGGAGGCUGCAGAGGAGGAAGACUCGGCUGAGGCCAAGGCCAUCAUAGAGGGGAAUGCUCUCUGAAAGGGCAACUUACCUUCCUCCAGGAAGCCUUCCUGGAUUUUCCAUGAAUUUGUCACCAAGUUUCUGGCUGGUACUCGAUUCUCACCAUCUUCCCCCAGAGGGUGGGGAGUGCAGGGGUCAGGCUGGGCCUCCCCCCGAGACUGGACCAGCUGAUGAGGACAAGUGGGGUGGGGUGGUGGUUCAGGCACCUGAUCUGGGUAGGGGAUGCUGGCACCUCCCACUGGGUCUGAUUCCCUUCCCCGCCCAGGAAGCUACCAGUCCUGUCCGACUCGUCCAGCCCCGACAAGCCUGGGAGGGAUGGGUGCAGGCCCUGGGUAUUGCCUCAGUAUCCUCUCUGGUGCGGCCAGCACCAUGGACACCUCACUGGCUCUGCCGCUCUUCCUGCUCCUGGCCUCCAGAGUAGGGGUCCUCGCCCUCAGAGUCUCUCCUGGAAUUCAGCGAACCAAUUUAUCCUUGGACUCAGAAAGUUCUUCUCAGGGCCCGGAUUCAAAAGUUCCCUCCGUUAAACCCCCCAGCGGGAAAGUUUCAGAUCAGUCUCCAGCUUCAAAAGCUUCCGCGGAUAUCCCUCAUUCUGAAUGGUCUCCUGAAGCCUUGGAUCCCAGCGAUGCGCCCGGGUCCUUCUGGUCAAACGUUUCUGCUGACGGCCCAUCUGUGAAGCUAGGUUCCUUCUCUGGAAUCCCUGGUUCUGAAGUAUUUCCUGAUACCUUGGGUCCUCAAGUUUCUGCCAAAAACCCGGAGUCUUCCUUCUCUGUGAAGACUCCAGCUUCCAACGUGUCUGCUCAAGUCCCAGAUACUGAAGUCUCUGGGGAGGCCCCAGUUUCAAAAUUCUCUGAGGAUCUGGAUAGUGACAUCUCUGCCCAGAGCCUGGAUCCCAGAGUUCCCAUGGAGGCCCACUCAGGGGCAAGCUUCCCCCCACAGAUGGAGGGGCCUCUCGCAGUGCUAGUGGGGACCACCAUCCGGCUUCCUUUGGUUCCAGUCCCCAGCCCUGGCCCUCCAGCCCCUUUAGUGGUUUGGCGCCACGGUUCCAAAGUACUGGCAGCUGGGGGCCUGGGGCUAGGGGCCCCUCUGAUCAGCCUGGACCCUGCUCACCGAGACCGCCUACGAUUUGACCAGGCUCGAGGGGGCCUGGAACUCACCUCUGCCCAGUUAGAGGAUGCUGGGGUCUACACAGCUGAGGUUAUCCGGGCUGGGGUUUCUCGGCAGAUUCGGGAGUUCACGGUGGGUGUGUAUGAGCCCCUGCCCAAGCUAUCGGUGCAGCCCAAGGCCCCAGAGACAGAGGAGGGUGCGACCGAGCUCCGGCUGCGCUGCAUAGGGUGGGCGCCGGGUCGCGGGGAGCUGAGCUGGACCCGGGACGGACGCGCUCUGGAGGCAGCGGACCCCGAGGGAGCGGAGCCACCCCGGAUCCACGCAGAGGGCGACCAGCUGCUCAUUGCGCGCCCUGUGCGCAGCGACCACGCCCGGUACACCUGCCGCGUCCGCAGCCCCUUCGGCCACACAGAGGUGGCGGCCGACGUCAGUGUUUUCUACGGCCCAGAUCCACCGGUCAUCAAAGUCUCCUCGGACCGCGACGCCGCCCCUGCCCUCUAUGUCACCGCGGGCAGCAACGUGACUCUGCGCUGCACCGCCGCCUCGCGGCCACCGGCCGACAUCACGUGGAGCCUGGCGGACCCUGCAGAGGCCGCCGUGCCCGCCGGCCCGCGCCUCCUGCUGCCGGCGGUCCGGCCAGGCCACGCCGGCGCCUACGCGUGCCUCGCCGCGAACCCUCGCACCGGCCACCGCCGCCGCUCGCUGCUCAACCUCACGGUGGCGGAUCUGCCCCCCGGGUCCCCACAGUGCUCAGUCGAAGGGGGUCCUGGGGACAGAAGCCUCCGCUUCCGCUGCUCUUGGCCUGGCGGGGUCCCUGCCGCCUCCUUGCAGUUCCAGGGUCUCCCGGAAGGGGUCUGGGCGGGGCCGGUGUCCUCUGCGCUCCAAGCGGCUGUCCCCGCCCACCCUCGGCUCAGCGGCGUCCGGGUCACCUGCCUUGCUCGUCACCUGGUGACCACGCGCACCUGCACUGUCACCCCGGAGGCCCCUCGCGAGGUGCUGCUGCAUCCGAUAGUGGAGAACACACGGUCAGGGAAGGCAGAGGUGGCACUGGAGGCCUCUGGCUGUCCCCCACCUUCUCGAGCAUCAUGGUCCCGGGAAGGGCGACCCCUGGCCCCAGGAGGUGGGGGGCGUCUGCGGCUCAGCCAAGAUGGACGGAAGCUCCUCAUUGGCAACUUCAGCCUGGACUGGGACCUGGGAAAUUACUCCGUGUUGUGCAGCGGGGCGCUGGGUGCUGGUGGGGACCAGAUCACCCUCAUUGGACCCUCCAUCUCCUCAUGGAGGCUGCAGAGAACCCAGGAUGCAGCGGUGCUGACUUGGGAUGUGGAGCGCGGGGCCCUGAUCAGCGGUUUUGAGAUCCAGACACGGCCAGAGGGCCCUGACCUGAGCAGAGCUGCCACCUACAAAGACUGGGUCUCCCUGCUCAUCCUGGGACCUCGGGAGCGUUCAGCUGUGGUGCCCCUCCCUCAUCGGAACCCUGGGACCUGGGUCUUUCGUAUCCUGCCCACCCUGGGGGGCCAGCCAGGGAUCCCAUCCCAAAGCCAGGUCUACCUGGCCGGCCCCACCCUGAGCCCCGGGGCGAUUGCAGGCAUCGUCCUGGGUUCGCUACUGGCUCUCGCACUCCUGGCAGCACUUCUGCUCCUAUGCAUCUGUUGUCUGUGCCCCUUUCGAGGAGAGACCCCUAAGAAAAAGAAACAUCCCCCCACGCUGACCCCUGUAGUCCCACUACCAGAAAAGAAGAUGCAGAGCGUGACCCCACAGCCUCUGCCUCUCAAAGUCCCGCUGGAGGACCCUCACCCAUCCAGGGCACACCCGGCCACCAGCCCCAGUCCAGUCAUCUCUCCAGGUGGGGUUCCCAAGACUGUUCGGGCUGCCACGCAGGUGUGACCAGAGCGAGUGGCCUGCUGUGCCUCGGACUUUGGGGAAGAACUUCCUGUUUAGCCCCACCAGCAGUCAGGGCUUCCUGUCCUGCUGUGACUGAAGGUUGGACCCAGAAAGUGGGGCUUCCCGUUUCCCUCUCUCAGCAGAGAAGACUCUACCGGCAUUUGUGCAACUAAAGAGAUGAGAUUCCUGGGCUGGGAGAGACACCUGCUGAUUUGACAGUGUGGUUUGCACAACCUUCGAGCAGGAAAAACCUGCAGUGUCUGUGGCAGACUGGCAGGGCUUGCUGCGCUGCUUUGUGCUGGAGAGGUCGCCCUGCCUCAUUCUCUGAUAGGAUCUUCCUAUGUUCUCUUUUGCCUCCAGGCCACACCCCCUCCAGCUUCCAGAGUCUUCAUCUUAGAUCAGAUCACAUCCCUCAUCUCUUUAAGCCCUUCUGCGGUUGCCCGUUGCCCUUCAGAUAUUGUCCAAACUCUUCAUCGUGACCUUCAAAACCUUGCGGUUUGGCCUCUGUCAGCCUCUCUGACCUCCCCUUCCAGAACUUUCAUCCUGGCUUCUCUCCACCACACUUUAUUUUGCCUCCAGGCCUUUGCUCCUAGAGUUUACUCUGCCUGGAGCAGCUUUCUUUGCUCUGUCAUUUGUUUCUCAAAUGUAAAAGUAACCAUUACCAUUAUAGAGGACACUUCCCGAACCCAUGACCCCAACCUACCUGUUACGUGUGAGGUCCCAGAGCCCCUGAACCUCCUGUGCCUUAUAUGUAAAUACAUAAUUAAUUGUUUAA